AUGAUGAAAGCAUCUAGUAAUAUACUGAAAAAGGAAAACAUAAUGGCCACCUAUCCUGAACUUAAAAAAACACCAACUAGCAAAAAAAGUAUUGAAUCGGACGAUAUCAGCAAAGCAAGACCAACAAUAAAAGAAGCACCAACUGGACAAUGCUAUCGAUGCAAGAAAAAACACCAACUAGCGAAAAAAGUACCGAAUAGGGCGAAGCAACAAUUGGAUGAUACCAAUGACGCAAGAUACCAGUCUACUGAACAGGAUGUACCAAAUAGCGAAAAAAAAAGAUACCAACUGAUGAAAAGAGCAUUGAACUAG